UCAUGGGGCCCCUGGGCAAUAGGGGAUCAUGGGGCCCGUGUCCUUGCCCAAACUCAAAAAAGCCUAUGAAAAAGGUACCAGGGGCAUCUCAUGGGGCCCCCUACUGACCCCGGGCCCUCGGGCAGUGCCCGAGUUUCCAAAUGGUCAGUCCGCCCCUGCUAGUGCCCUGAGUACAACUUAAUGCAAUUAAUUCAUUUUUUGCCAUCUGUAUCUCAUUGAUUUCCCUUCAUUUCCUGUCCCAUAGCCAAAACAGAAAGUGGAGGAAAUCCCUCCAAAUUGAGAGGAUCACUAGAGUCA